AUGGGUACUCAACAUUCUUCUAUAGAAAGAAUAAUGGAUAUUGGAGUAGGAGCUUGUCUAAAUGUGACUCACUACAUAAGUGGAAUAAGUUUUUCUGAACGUUACCAAAUAGGGGGUUUAGUAGGCACUGGACAGUUUGCAGAAGUUUACCUCUGCAAAGAAUAUGAAAGUGGUAGAUCUUUUGCAAUGAAGAUAACAUACAGUUCAUAUGAAAUACCUCUUGAGAAAAUACUGGAAGAGGUUGAAAUCAUGAAAAUUUUGCGAAAUCACCCAAAUAUUGUAAGAUUAAUAGAUUACAAUGUGGAACAUAUAGAUGCAGAAAAAUAUGAAGUUAAAAUGGUACUGGAUCUGUGUACAGGUGGAGAUCUAUACCAAUAUGUACUAAAUCAUGGAGCUUUGGAAGAGAAAUUAGUACAAAGAAUUAUGAUAAAUUUAUUGGAUGCACUCAGCUAUAUUCACGGAAAUGGGAUAAUUCAUAGGGAUUUAAAACCUGAAAAUAUAUUAAUAGAUAACAAUUUUAUGUGCAAAAUAGCAGAUUUUGGACUUGCAAAAAGAAGUUUAACUUCUAGUAAUACACAACCAAGAUCUAAAUCUUUGUGUGGUUCUGAUUUUUACCUUGCUCCAGAAUUAGUAAAACAACAAGAAUAUGGAGCAGAAAUAGAUAUAUGGAGUAUAGGAGUAUUGUGCUAUGUAUGUCUAUGUGGUGGACUCCCUUUCCAUGAUAAUAAAUCAUUUGAUUUAUACCAUAAAAUUGUUGAAAGAGGUGUUAAUGAUUUUUUAUUUGCUCAGCCAGCAUGGAGGAAUGUAUCCCUGAUUGCUCAACAUUUCGUACAAUGGUUAUUAGAGACUGAUCCAAAAAAGAGACCAACUGCCGAAGCAGCACUAAAUCAUCGAUGGUUAAGAUGUACAAGUAACCUUAUAGUACCUACAACAUCUAUAAAGACAAAUAUAUCAUAUAACCCAAGUGAACUUGGAACUUCUAAUUCUGCAAUAUCACUACCUUCUAGGCAUAUAACAAAAGGAAAUUUAGUUAUAGCCUCUACAUCAAUUAAUUCCACGAAUCCACAUCAAUCAGAAAAUUGGGACUGCAACUCUGCAAAAAUGAUACGGAUUAAUGAUAAUACAAUUUGGAGACAAGAUAGUUAA